AUGCGACCACGCUUCUCGGCCCUCCACAAACUCAAGCUUCUCGAUGUCGAUCUCGGCGCCGUCGCGCUGUCCCUAGCGACCACGAAGCGUUUGGUGGCGCUGACUUUGCUCCACAGCGUCGGCAUCUCGGCCAUCGCGUACCUUGCGCUUGAUGCGCUUCUCGCCAACGCGCCUCUCUUCCAGACGUUGUCGUGGAAGAGCUACUGUGAUCGAUCCGCAACGGCGUGCGUGAGAUCGAUUUCGUCUCCGUUUCGGGCGGGCGGCUUCUAG